UCCUCCUCCCCUUCCUUCUUCCUCCUCGUCUCCGCCCUCCUCUCCUGACAUGGCUGCCCCCGCGGAACCCUGCGGCCUCACGGACGAGGCAGCCUAUGGCGCCUGCUCGGAGCCGGAUGCCAGCACCAAGGAUUUUAUAUUUCAGCAGACAAUGUUAAGAGUAAAGGAUCCUAAGAAGUCAUUGGAUUUUUAUACAAGGGUACUUGGAAUGAUACUGCUUCAAAAAUUUGACUUUCCUUCUAUGAAGUUCUCACUCUAUUUCCUGGGGUAUGAAGAUAAAAACGAUAUCCCAAAAGAUAAAGCUGAGAGAACACCAUGGACCUUCUCUAGAAAAGCUACACUUGAACUGACGCACAACUGGGGCACUGAAAAUGAUGACAGUCAGUCUUACCACAAUGGCAAUUCAGAUCCCCGGGGAUUUGGACACAUUGGAAUUGCUGUUCCUGAUGUUUAUAAAGCUUGUAAGAGGUUUGAAGAACUAGGAGUGAAAUUUGUGAAGAAACCAGAUGAUGGUAAAAUGAAAGGACUUGCAUUUGUUCAGGACCCUGAUGGCUACUGGAUUGAAAUUUUGAAUCCUAAACACAUGGUGACUCUCACUUAGUUCUAGCAAAGUAUAUUGUAUAAGAGACCCACUUUCAGACUCCUGGAGAAAAUCUGUAAUAGUGUUUGUGAAAAUUGCUUAAUAGAAAGGAAUCAGUCACGUUCAGAGUCUCCUCCAAAACUAUCCCCUGGGACCUAACUUGGAUUCCUUUUCUCUUCUCCUGUGAUGCCACUGCCAAUUGUUUCCAGUUAGGAAUACUCAGUCAUUUUCUGGAAGAGCACUUACACAGAUUCUCCUCUUGAACAUUGUUUAUGUUAAUAUUUCAAUAAACACUGUCAAAAGAUAUGUGACCAGAAGCUCACUGCAUCUCACACUGAUUAGAUUUAAAUGGGCAACAAUUCCUGUGUUACUACUGAUGGGCAUCAAUGAGGAAGCAAAAAGAAAUUUCAGUAUAUUUAUGAAGUCAGAAGAUCCUGAAGGCUUCAUGUCCUAAUUUGCAUACUAGAAAAAUAAAAUAUCAGGCUAAUUUUGACUGGAGUAGUAGCUUGCUUAUAAAAUUCAUAAUCUUAUUUACAUUAUUCCAGGCAAAACUCUUUUAAGGAGCAGCCUUAAACUGUCUUGCAAAAAGAAGUUUUAUAGAAGGAAUAAAUUUGUACAGCAGAAAGAAUUCAGUCUUUCAGCUCAGCUUUUGACUGCUGAUUGACAGCCAAGAGAAGAGGUCUCAUAGCUGCCAACUUGCAGUGACCCUUGUCUCUUUCAACACUAGGAAGAACUUGCUCAUAAUUUUUGUUUCAGGAGAAGUCUGGGGCUAGAUUUGACUUAAAUUCUUUGUAUAUUCUGCUCUAGAAAAUGAAUGAAAAAGAUUCUCUGUUUGAUUGUCCUCCCAAAACAAGUGGUGGUACAUACCUGUGAGCAGCAGGAAAACAUGGAGCAUUUCCAUGUAUUACACAAAUUAUAAAACCCUCUGCCUUGUCUUAUUCUGCUUGGAGUAGCACCUAACGUCUUCAGUUAUGUGGCUAUCAAAUAAUGUAUAGGGUAACCAAAGGCUAACAAAUAGUGUAAAGGCAUUGCAGUUCACUUCCCAAUAAAACAUUGGUGAAAACUACAAGAAACUUUAACGCA